AAUCCAUAUACUGUCUUUCACCUUGUCAUUAGUAACCAACCAGCCUGGCUGCUCAAGGUGAUCCUGAGGUUUCUCCAAAGGGGGAAGGACGUCAUUGCUGGAGAAGAAAAUCUACCUGUUGCUGGUCCACCUCGGCCUUCCUUCCUGCAGCAUGCCCACCUUAUCUUGGCCUUAUAAAUAGUGAAUAAGAGACAGCACAUACAUCACACUCUGGAGCGAGGUCCAGGGAGUGACUUUUACCUUUUACCUUAAAAGAGAUGACACAGUGGACAAAACAUUAGCACAAACCAGAAAGUGCCUCAAAAUCUUGGGGUAGGGACAGGAGAAAGGAGAAACAACGCAAUAAUACGAUCUGUAUCUUUAAUUAUAGUUGAGCAAAGGAAAUAAAAGGUCUGUUGUGGAUCCUGGUCAGCACAGAGCAUCACCAUGGCCGCCUUGAAGGAGAAGAGGACUUGUGGGCAGCGAUGUGAAGACUUUGGCCACUUUAUCUGGAACUCUGACAAUGGGACGUUUAUGGGGAGAACUCCUGAGAAAUGGGUGUACAUCAGUCUGUAUUAUGUGGCCUUCUACAUAGUGAUGACGGCCCUCUUUUCUCUUGCCAUCUGGACCCUCAUGUACACCUUGAAUCCGUAUACUCCUGACUACCAAGACCGGCUACAAUCUCCGGGGGUGAUGGCGUGGCCGGACACUUACGGAGAGGAAGAUAUUGAAAUCCUUUACAACACAUCAGACAAGGCCAACUGGAUGCAGAUGUCCAACAUCCUUCACAGUUUCCUCGAGCCCUACAAUGACACCACACAGCUUGAAUGUAACAAGUAUAACUGCACUAAGGGAAAGUACUUCAUCCAGAAGAACUUCUCUGCCCCUCACCACACCAAGUGGGCAUGUCCCUUCACACAAAGCAUGCUGGGAGCUUGUUCAGGAUUAGAAGACCCAACCUUUGGUUACAACUGUACCAUGCCUUGUGUCAUCAUCAAGAUGAACCGGAUCAUUAACUUUUUGCCUGCUAAUCAAACCAAUCUUCCCCCAUAUGUCAACUGCACUGUACUGGAAGGACAAUCCAGUGUGGACAAAAUUGAGUAUUUCCCUGAAGGAGGAAUAAUGGAUCUUUCUUACUUUCCUUACUAUGGAAAACUGGCACAGCCUACUUACGUCAAUCCGUUGGUGGCUGUUCGGUUCAGCCUGGUUGGAGAGAAGAGUGCCAAGAUCCAGUGCAGAGUUGUCUCCAGUAAGAUCAGCUACGAAAACAUCCACGACCCCUACGAGGGAAAAGUGAUCUUCUACCUCAAAGCUGUGAAAUGAGGAACAGAACAGGAGGAUCUCCAACGUCCCAUAAUCACGUAACAUCUCACCUGUCCAUACUGAAGAUAGAGCAGGUGUCUACAGAUCAGUAACGACUGUUGAGUUCAACUUAACCCAACAGUAUGGGCCUACUUAUAAA